AGAGCGGGCGCCGGGAGCGCCGAGAGCGCGGCCGGGCGAGGCGGGAGCGCGGGCGCUGGCCUGGCCGCGGGCGGGGGCCGCCGCCGCGCCGCUGCCCCCCUGUCGCGGGCCGGGCCGCGGCGCCGAACGCGAGGGCCGGGCUCCCGGGGCUGGCGGCCAUGGGCAGGAGCCGGAGGCGGCAGCGGCAGCGGCAGCGGCGGGCCCCGCGGGCGGGGAGGCGCGCGGCCCACGGCCCCUGACGGCCCCUGACGGCCCCUGGCGGCCCGGCGCGCCCCCGCGCUCCCUGGGGGGCCGUAGCCUGGCAACGCCCGGCGCGCCCGCCCAUCCCCCGCUGCCCUUUUUCUCCUGGCCGGGUGCGAGGGAGCAUGCCCGCGCCUGGCCUCGGCCAGCGAAGAGUUAACCUGAGGGGCGAGCCGCUGCCCCCACCUCGGGGGCGUGUCCCCCUCCCCCGCUAGACGGCCCGCCCCCCGCGCCAGGGUAUGGCCCUCGGCCCCGGCCCGGGACCCGAGGUCCCGCGCCCGGGUCAGUGAAAGGCGUCUUCCCUUUCCCGCCCUCCGCCUCCUCUUGCCGGCCAGCAACAUGGGAUGUAAUAUGUGCGUGGUCCAGAAACCGGAGGAGCAGUACAAAGUGAUGCUGCAGGUGAACGGGAAGGAGCUCUCCAAGCUGUCUCAGGAGCAAACUCUGCAGGCCCUGCGCUCCUCCAAGGAGCCCCUGGUGAUCCAGGUGCUGAGACGCAGCCCCCGCCUCCGGGGGGACAGCUCCUGUCACGACCUGCAGCUGGUGGACAGUGGCACUCAGACCGACAUCACCUUCGAGCAUAUCAUGGCGCUGGGCAAGCUGCGUCCGCCCACCCCACCCAUGGUCAUCCUGGAGCCGUACGUCCUCUCUGAGCUCCCCCCCAUCAGCCAUGAGUAUUAUGACCCGGCGGAGUUUAUGGAGGGCGGCCCGCAGGAGGCAGACCGCUUGGAUGAGCUGGAGUAUGAGGAGGUGGAGCUGUAUAAAAGCAGCCACCGGGACAAGCUGGGCCUGAUGGUUUGCUACCGCACGGACGACGAGGAGGACCUGGGCAUUUAUGUCGGAGAGGUAAAUCCCAACAGCAUUGCAGCCAAAGACGGCCGGAUCCGUGAGGGAGACCGCAUCAUCCAGAUUAACGGUGUAGACGUCCAGAACCGGGAAGAGGCGGUGGCCAUCCUGAGCCAGGAAGAGAACACCAACAUCUCCCUGCUGGUGGCCCGACCUGAGAGCCAGCUGGCGAAAAGGUGGAAGGACAGCGACCGCGAUGACUUCCUGGAUGACUUUGGCUCUGAGAAUGAGGGGGAGCUGCGUGCUCGUAAACUGAAAUCACCCCCUGCCCAGCAGCUCGGAAACGAAGAGGAGAAGGGGGCUCCCGAUGCCGGCCCAGGCCUGAGCAACAGCCAGGAGCUGGACAGCGGGGUGGGCCGGACUGACGAGAGCACCCGGAACGAAGAGAGCUCUGAGCACGACCUGCUGGGGGACGAACCCCCGAGCUCCACCAACACCCCGGGAAGCCUGCGCAAGUUUGGCCUGCAAGGGGACGCCCUGCAGAGCCGGGACUUCCAUUUCAGCAUGGACUCUCUGCUGGCCGAGGGGGCGGGGCUGGGAGGGGGCGACGUCCCGGGCCUCACGGAUGAGGAGUAUGAGCGCUACCGUGAGCUCCUGGAGAUCAAGUGCCACCUGGAGAACGGCAACCAGCUGGGCCUCCUCUUUCCCCGGGCCUCCGGAGGCAACAGCGCCCUGGACGUCAACCGCAACGAGAGCCUGGGCCACGAGAUGGCCAUGCUGGAGGAGGAGCUAAGGCACCUGGAAUUCAAGUGCCGCAACAUUCUGCGGGCGCAGAAGAUGCAGCAGUUGCGCGAGCGCUGCAUGAAGGCCUGGCUGCUGGAGGAGGAGAGCCUCUACGACCUGGCGGCCAGCGAGCCCAAGAAGCACGAGCUGUCCGACAUCUCUGAGCUGCCCGAGAAGUCGGACAAGGACAGCACCAGCGCCUACAACACUGGGGAGAGCUGCCGCAGCACCCCGCUGCUUGUGGAGCCCCUGCCCGAGAGCCCCCUGCGGCGGGCCAUGGCCGGCAACUCCAACUUGAACCGGACCCCUCCCGGCCUCCCUGUUGCCACCCCCGCCAAGGCAGCUCCUCCACCGGGGAGCCCCGCCAAGUUCCGGUCCCUCUCCCGAGAUCCUGAGGCCGGCCGGAGGCAGCACGCGGAGGAGCGCGGCCGCCGCAACCCCAAGACCGGGUUGACCCUGGAGCGUGUGGGCCCUGAAGGCAGCCCUUACCUCUCGCAGCGCCACCGCGGCCAGGGCCAGGAGGGUGAGCACUACCACAGCUGCGUGCAGCUGGCCCCGACGCGAGGCCUGGAGGAGCUGGGCCACGGCCCCCUGAGCUUGGCCGGUGGCCCUCGGGUGGGCGGGGUGGCGGCCGCGGCCACUGAAGCACCGCGCAUGGAGUGGAAGGUGAAGGUGCGCAGCGACGGAACCCGCUACGUGGCCAAGCGGCCCGUGCGAGAUCGGCUGCUGAAAGCCCGUGCCCUGAAGAUCCGGGAGGAGCGCAGCGGUAUGACGACCGACGACGACGCGGUGAGCGAGAUGAAGAUGGGCCGCUACUGGAGCAAGGAGGAGCGGAAGCAGCACCUGAUCCGGGCCCGCGAGCAGCGGAAGCGGCGCGAGUUCAUGAUGCAGAGCCGGCUGGAGUGCCUGCGGGAGCAGCAGAAUGGCGACAGCAAGCCCGAGCUCAACAUCAUUGCCCUGAGCCACCGCAAAACCAUGAAGAAGCGGAACAAGAAGAUCCUGGACAACUGGAUCACCAUCCAGGAGAUGCUAGCCCACGGCGCGCGCUCCGCCGAUGGCAAGCGGGUUUACAACCCUCUCCUCUCAGUCACCACCGUGUGAGCUGCCCGGGCGGGUACACAGCCCAGGCCCAGGGAGCCCCCUGGGGCCCGGGCCCUCACUCUCCUAUAGAGAUUGUGUGUGUGUGUGUGUGUGUGUGUGUGUGUGUGUGCGCGCGCGCACGCACACCUCCUCGUCUGGGUGUGCGCACAGGGCUUUGUUAGCAGAGAGAAGCCCCUGAGGAGAAGGGACGCUUUGCUUCCUUCUGCCCAAGUAAAGUGACCAUGCCAGUGGCCAGCAUUGGGGGCACACCUGUAAUGGGCACCCCUUCGGCUGUGCGUGUGCAUUCCCCAUUCCCCAUGCUCUUGCGUGUGCUUGCACGUGCACGCACACACACACCCAGUGCUCUCUCCACCCGACCCGUGUACUUGCAGACAGGGAAGUUGCGCUGAAAGGAGCACAAGAGAGUGUCCGGCUUCGCUGCUGAGCGCGGCCUCUCCCCGCUGUUGCGCACUGCAGUUAUUUGUAGACAAAGGCGCCCCUGAUUUUUGUGGUUUUUCUCCCUUUCUGUGCUUGCCAAUAGUUGUUUUGUUUUGUGGACCUGCCCUGGGGGCUGGCAGCUCCUUCAGGCAGCCUGACAGAGGUGGAACUCCCCCCUCCACUGAUGGCUGGGAAGGGAGUUGGGGAGGGGGAGGAAGAGCGGGAGGGAGGGCUGGGGAUGGAUGGGAGGGGAGGGAGGGAAAGGUGGGAGGAAUGGGAAGCAGCUGUUCUGGUGGCUUCCACUCUGAGGUGUGGGAACGGGGAGCCUCUGGGGGGCACCUGUUUCCCCAGUGACUCAAGAGAGAGCAAGACUGCAGGAACAGAGGGGUCCUGCAGGGUGCCCACCAAGAAGUCACAGAGCCCGUUCUGCGCCCCACACCAUCUGGAGCAGGGGCUUCUCUUCUGAGUGAACUGAGGAAGGUGCUUAGAUGGUGAGGGGUCUAGAAGCCAAGCCCCAUGAGCAGCAGUGGAAGACCUUGGGCCGUGCGGCCUGGAGAGGACUUGGUGGCGAUCCGCAACCUGGACCCCAGUGAGAGGCUGACUGGGAAGGAGAGGCCCCCAACCUCCUCAGGAUUUGCACAUGUGAACUAGGCUGCCUGUGGGGUGCCCCUUAGGUUUGGAGAGCCCCAGAUUGGAGGCAGACAGGCUGCACCACCCCUUUCCCCCUGCAUCUCAAGAAUAAAGCAAGCUGCCUUUGUACUUGGUUGAA